CGGGGCUCCGGAACCGAUACCGGAACGGGUGGGGGGAGCGCGGGUCCCGGGCCACCAUGUUCAGCAAGAAGUCCUACGACAGCCCCCCGGCGGGGUACGGCCCCCCGAUGGUGUACGGCCCCCCAGUGGGGUACGGCCCCCCCACGGGUGAUUACGGCUACGGGUCGCCGCCGCCGGGCUCCUACUACGUGGAGGACACCCCGCAGCACUUCUACAAGUGGACGUCGCCUCCCGGCGUGGUGCGAGGGCUGCAGGCGGGGAUCCUGGUGCUGUGCAUCGCCAUCUUCGCCUGCGUCGCAUCAACGCUCGUCUGGGACUACGGCCUGGGGGGGACCUACAGCACCGGGCUGGGGGGGUACUACGGCUCCAACUACUACUAUGGCAGCGGGCUGAGCUACAGCUACGGCUACGGGAGCUACUACGGAACGGUGAACCAGCGCACGGCCAACGGCUUCAUGAUGGCCAUGGCUGUGCUGUGCUUCCUGGCCCAGCUGGGGCUGCUGGUGGCGGCGCUCAGCAAAUCCAGGGCCAUGCGCUCGCGGCGCUUCUACCUGUUGGUCCUGGUGCUGAGCGCUGUGCUGGCCUUCGUCAUGCUCAUCGCCUCCAUCGUCUACAUCAUAGGUGUCAACCCACAGGCGCAGAUGUCCAGCAGUUACUACUACAGCCCCUUGCUAGCCAUGUGCAGCCAGGCCUAUAGCACCACCUACCUCAACCAGUACAUCUACCACUACUGCACCGUGGACCCCCAGGAGGCCGUGGCUGCUGUCUGUGGGUUCGUCAUCGUCGUGCUGCUCUGCCUCAUCUGCUUCUUCGCCCAGAAGACGCGCAGCAAGAUCUGGCGCUACGGCAAAGCCAACAUCUACUGGGACCGUGAGCCCGUGGUGCAGGAGGGGCCCAACGUGGAGGAAUGGGUGAAGAACGUGGCGGAUGGGGCCAGCGUGCAGGACGAGACGGCCACUCUUGCCUACUCAGAGAAGCCCACCAGCCCUGUCACAGCCCCCCCCUACAGUACGUGCCCCCCCCCCAACACCAGCUACUGCCCCUCAGGCACCUACAGCAGCCGGGGCGACCAACCGGAUCGGGCCCUCAGUGCCAGCCCUGCGCAGGAGGAGGAGGAGGAGAAGGGGAAGGAUCAGCCCAGCAGACCCUCUGCCCGCCGUGGCCGCCGCCGCCGCCGCAACCCUGAGUUGGAUGAGUCUCAGUAUGAGACCGACUACACCACGGCUGUGGAGUCUGGUGAUGAGCGGGACCAGGAGCAGUGGGCCAGCCUGUACCCCCCCAUCACGUCGGACAGCACUCGGCAGCGCUACAAGCAGGAGUUUGACACCGACCUGAAGCGCUACAAGCAGCUCUGUGCCGAGAUGGACAGCGUCAACGACCGCCUCAAUCAGCUCAGCCGACAGCUCGACAGCAUCGCCGAGGACAGCCCUCAAUACCAGGAUGUGGCAGAGGAAUACAACCAGCUGAAAGACCUGAAGCGGAGCCCAGACUACCAGAGCAAGAAGCAGGAGAGCAAGGUGCUGCGCAACAAGCUCUUCCACAUCAAGCGCAUGGUGGGUGCUUACGACAAGGUGCGGGGGUAACCAGCACCAGGAGGAGGGGGGGGACACCCCCAACCCCCCCCCCCCCCACCACACAGACUUUUGUGCAUUUUGUACCUUUUUGUAAACAAACAAACAACGAAACACACCCAAACACAUCCAUCCCCCCCCCAA